ACACCUUCCUUUACAGACCAUAAAAGACGAUAUAGUGACAUAUGUCACUGUCAGAGUAAGUGAGUAAAGUCUCAUAACAUGUUGCCAAGACAGCUCAAUAUCAAAGAAGUCUUAUGGGCCAGCUUUACUUUGAGAGCAAUACUGCUUUCUCUCCUUCUGUGUGGUCCACUGAAAGUGAUGUCAGAUUCUGAUGAAGAAGUAGCAUCAGUGUGGCAGGUGUGGAAGAGCAGCCACAUGGUGUCCUAUGAUGAGAAGUAUGAAGACAUUGAGAGAAAGGCCAUUUGGGAGGAAAAUAUGAGGCUGAUUGAAAAGAACAAUCAAGGUUUUUUCAAAGGGACAACCAAGUUUAUCAUGGCUAUAAAUAAAUACGGUGACAUGACAAGUCAGGAGUACAAGAGUUUACAAGGUGCCUUGACAAAUGACAAUCUCAGAAGAGGGAAAAAUGCAUCAGCCAGAAAGCUCAGUUCCAAUGCUAGGGCAUUGGGAGCUGUUUCGGUUGACUACAGAACUACAGGUUUAGUUACUGAAGUGAAAGACCAGGGCUACUGUGGUUCUUGCUGGGCAUUUAGCACUACAGGAGCCAUAGAGGGACAAAUUUUCAAGAAAACAGGUCAGCAGUUGUCUUUGAGUGAGCAGAACCUGGUAGACUGCUCCAAGCCUUAUGGUACCUAUGGUUGUAGUGGUGCCUGGAUGGCAAACGCCUAUGAUUAUGUGGUCAGCAAUGGUCUUCAAUCAACCAGCACGUAUCCAUACACAUCAGUGGACACCCAGCCAUGUUUUUAUGAUAACCAUCAGUCGGUUGCCCAUAUCAGUGAUUACAGGUUUAUACCUAAGGGAGACGUGCAAGCCCUGGCUAAUGCAGUGGCAACCAUCGGUCCAAUUACAAUAGCCUUGGAUGCAGAUCACCCAAGCUUCCUCUUCUACAGUUCAGGCAUAUAUGAGGAACAAGGCUGCAAUCCUAACAACCUAAGCCAUGCUGUGCUGCUGGUUGGCUAUGGCUCUGAGGGAGGAAAAGACUACUGGAUCAUUAAGAACAGCUGGGGUACUGGAUGGGGAGAGGGUGGCUUCAUGCGAAUGAUCAGGAAUGGCAGCAACACUUGUGGCAUCUCUAGUUAUGCCAUAUAUCCACUUUUAUGAUCAACUAUACUGCCCCAUGCAUCAUCUCACUGUUACUUGAAUAUACUGUAACUUGGAGGACCUUCUUCAAAUUAGAUUUUGUUUUAUGUUUGUAUUAUUAGGUGUGCCUGCCUUUGGCAAUAGCACAACCUAUUGUAAUUUCAAAUAUUAUUCUUAUUAAGCUACUGUAGCUAACUAGCUAGCCACAGUCAGAAACGUCACUAAUGUCACAAACACAUGCUAGACUAGUAGAACAUUAGUUUAACAGCUCGUCAACUUCUGGGAGAUAGCUAUGCUAACUACCUAAAAUGGCAAGACAGCUGAAUACACAAGCAAAAGAGGCCAGGGUGAUAACCAUGUACAAUAUGAUAUACGCUGAUAUUAUUAAGCAUUACUGAUUCUUGAAACUUAAGCAAAAACAUGUCCCACUCAGAAAAGUUCUAAUUCUGUUGAAAAUUAAUAACAUUUUCAUGAAUAAAAAGAAUCAAGGUUAUAAUCAA